UAAAUUAAGUUCUAUUCACGCGCUUGCCCUUUAAAAGCCCCACUCCCCCCUCCACCUCCAUCCAACUAUUGAGACAAGGGAAUCACAGAGCUUGACAGAGAUCAUGAAGAAUGCCCACAAAACACCGCCGCCUCCUCCAUCGCCACCACCACCAUCUACACAGCCGAUGCAGCUGACGGAGGCAAAGGUGGUGGCGAUGAACGGAUAUAGCGAACCCCGUGUGGGGUUUGGGUUCAACGUAGGGGUAGGGUCCAAGACAGGAGGAAUCUGGACGAGAGGGGACGUGGUGCUGCUGACGCUCAGGCUGUUGUGCAUGGUUGCUUCGGUUACAGCCAUGUCGUUCAUGAUCACAGCCCGUCAGGUUAGCACUGCUUCCUUCUAUGGGUUCCAACUCCAGCUCCACUCCAAAUGGUCUUUCUCUUACUCCUUCGAAUAUGUUGUUGGAGUUACAGCAGCUGCUGCAGCUUUCUCCUUGCUUCAGUUACUCGUUGGCGUGUCAAGGCUGUGGAGGAAGUCUCCAGUGAUUCCCUCAAGGAAUCAAGCUUGGCUUAUUUUUGCUGGGGAUCAGAUAUUGGCAUAUGCAAUGAUGAGUGCUGGAUCAGCAGCAUCAGGGGUAACCAACCUGAAUCGAACAGGAAUCCGACACACCGCUCUACCCAAUUUUUGUAAGUCUUUGGAUAGCUUCUGUGAUCAUGUUGCAGUCUCAAUAGCCUUCACUUUCUUCACCUGUGUCCUGUGCGCUGCCUCUGCUGUUCAGGAUGUAAUUUGGCUCUCCAACCAUUGAACUUCAUCAUCAUCGUCUCCAGUAUAUGGCUUCUCCGGAUUAAAUGGCUUAAUUAAUUAGCUAGUAUUAUUUGUAGUGCAAGGCAGCCAGUGCUGUCUGUAAAGACGCCCUUGCUACGCUAAACGCGUCUAAGUUAAUUCAUCUUUCCAAGACCAACCUUCUUGUUAAUUCCAUGACUACAAGGCUAUAGAAAAUAUAUUUAUGAACUUUUAUAUAAUCAAAAUGCA